AUGUUGUGCCUUCGGGGCUAUUUACUGCCUACGGGGCUAUUACUGCCUACGGGGCUAUUACUGCCUACGGGGCUAUUAUCUGCCUACGGGGCUAUUACUGCCUACGGGGCUAUUACUGCCUACGGGGCUACUACUGCCUACGGGGCUAUUAUCUGCCUACGGGGCUAUUAUCUGCCUACGGGGCUAUUAUCUGCCUACGGGGCUAUUAUCUGCCUACGGGGCUAUUAUCUGCCUACGGGGCUAUUAUCUGCCUACGGGGCUAUUUACUGCCUACGGGGCUAUUACUGCCUACGGGGCUAUUUACUGCCUACGGGGCUAUUUACUGCCUACGGGGGCUAUUAUCUGCCUACGGGGCUAUUUACUGCCUACGAGGCUAUUUACUGCCUACGAGGCUAUUUCCUCUAG